CCGCAGCUCCCGAUCGAGGUGUGGGAGAACGUGAUUGACCAUCUGUGGGACAAACAGUGGACUUUGCUGGAGUGCCACCUCGUCUGCCGAGCAUGGUACCCUCGCAGUCGCUUCCACUUGCACAGGAGUAUCUGGUUCGUGAGUAGCAAGGGUGUGAAGGCAUAUGCGAAGGCGCUGAAUCAGACGCCCGAGCUGUCAGAGCGGGUGCGC